AUGGCGAAUACCCACAAAAGAGGCAAGUCCUUCCUCCUCCUCCUGCAUCUCUCUCUGCUCUUCUUCCUCCUCUCUUCGCCGCUCGUAACCCACUCUAGCGAGGAAGAAUCCGGAGCGGGACUCGAGCCCGAACCCGGAAAUGAAUCCACUCACCACCAGGAAGUAGUGUUGCAGAGAAUGGAAGAAUUAGUGAAAAGUUUAGGAGAAAUAGUAUCUAGGUUAGAGCCUUUGUUGUCCCAAUCGCCUCCGCCGCAGGGGGGAGGUACUAGCGAUGGUAAGUCUAGGGUUGGGGAGAAAUUGAAAUCAGUGUCAGUGACAAAGUACAGUCCACUCUGGUCAGAGAGGUUUCAAUUCUUCUCGGCAGUGAAACUCGAUUCGCAGGCGACUUGCGUCAACGUGUUGCCAUUUCGAGGUUACGAAGGUGUCAGCAAGUACGUUGCAGUUGGGGACGAUCGCGGUAAGGUUUAUGUCUUCCUGAGGAAUGGAGAUGUUCUUGCCGAGUUCGACACUACGGUGGAUUCCCCUGUAACCGCCAUUGUCUCCUACCUUGCGAUGUACAAGAACGAGAGCGUCCUAGUGACAGGGCACCACAAUGGCGAGAUCUCUCGUCACAAGAUUGUGGAGAGAACCACAAAUGGCGUGGAUGAUUACACGUCCUUGGAAACUGUCGCCGUCGGUGGUAAGUUUGAAGGGGAUAGGGGUAAUUUGGCCGUGACAGUUCUGGAAGUCCACCAUGUCGGCAGAUCGAGGUACAUUCUGAGUUCGGAUGGUGGUGGGACGAUCAGGGUUUACAAAGAGGGCGGAAAGUUCCAUGGAUCAGUCAAGCCAUCGAGCAGGCCACUUGCGUUCUUGAAACAGCGGCUGAUGUUCUUGACGGAGACUGGGGCCGGUUCGUUGGACUUGAGAAGCAUGAAGAUCAGGGAAUCAGAAUGUGAAGGGUUGAACCAUUCCUUAGUAAGAAACUACGUGUUCGAUGUGACCGAACGGUCCAAGGCCUAUGGUUUUACUUCCGGUGGGGAUUUGAUUCACGUUUUGUUGUUGGGGGAUGUCUCUAAUUUCAAAUGCAGGGUGAGGUCCAAGAGGAAGAUGGACAUUGAUGAAGAUGAAACCCUAGCUAUGAAUGCCAUCAAGGGCUACCUUCUAAUCGUCAGCCAACACAAUGUGUAUGUCUACAAUGUCUCCUCUCAUCACUAUGUCAGAAUGGUGGGUCCACGAUUGAUCUUCUCGGCUGGUUUGGACGAGAUCAAAUCAUCAUUUCUCAGCCAUCAAACCGGGGUCGAGUCGAGUGGAGUGCCAUUGAUCGCCAGUGACAGAGAGAAGCUAGUGGUGGUCGGGCUAGGAGAUGGUUACGUGGGGAUGUACCGUUCGAGCCUACCAGUUUUCAAGGGCGAGUUCAACACUAUGACUUGGAUGAGUCCUGUCUUGAUAUUCAUACUCUUUCUAUUUGGGGCAUGGCAGUUCUUCGCGAAGAAGAAGGAAGCUUUGACGUCGUGGGGGCCUGAUGAUCCAUUCGUGGGGACUACCAACGCCACAUCAUCAUCAUCUGCAGGGAACUCAGCUCCGGCAUUGGAGACCUCUUCGAGGAACAGCGGUGGGAUCAUGGACUUGAGGACUGGUGCAGGUGAAGGGAUGAGAGGGGCGACGAGGAGGUAUGCUUCACCGCCGAGGUAUUCUGGUGGCGCAGGGACGACGAGUGGUUCGUUUAGGCCAAGUGCUGUCGAUGCUGGUAACGCUUCUAGGCCGAGUUCAGUUGAACCUUCAGGUUAUAGAAGUUCGCCGUCGGAGCUGAAAUAUCGAGCCUCGCAUAUGGAGCCACCUGGGUUUCCCAAGAGGCGGGAGAACUUGUUUGCGAACAACCAGGUCGUGGAUGAUGGGAACUGA